CGUUGGGAGCGCUCGUCAGACGUCGCGAUUUAAUCCGAAACUUUAAGCGCGAUUUGAACGUGCGAUUUUUCGCCGAUUCCCCCGUUUCCACAAUUACUACCAAUUAUUAAUACGCCCCAAUCCCAAAAACACACCACAGAAGAAAACGAUACCAUAGAAAAUGACAGCGCUGCGAAGCAGAAGCUGCUGCCGGAACAGCAAAGCAUCAGCGAAACCAUUAGAAAUCAGCAGAGGAUUAACUUUCAGCUACCACCUGGCAAUCUGCAGCUGCAUCGUCCUGCUCUCGCUGGCAUCCGGGUCCCUGGCCAAGCCGCAGGAUCAGGAAGCGAUCCAUCAUCAUGUCAAAUUCCCUGAGGAAGACAGUGACAUGGUGAUGGAGCCGAACGACUUUGCCCCGAUUACGGUGCUGCGAUCCCAUGAGCAACACUUCCACAUGCCCCCAUCCACGCAGCUCCAUUCGCAGCUGCAGCCGCUCCAGAACCACGCCGCCAUUCAGCCCCGGGCUCAGCCAAGGCAGUUUCAGGUAGCCACGCAGCAGGAGCACCAGGAUCCGGGGGAGGAGCCGUUUCGCCCGAUAGUAAAUCCCAAUCCCGGAAAGCUAGUGGCCAGAUCCGACACCGAUUCCCAUACGCAAGCGGCCCAGAAUUUCUUUCCUCCAUUCUACCACGAGGCGCCGCCCCUCGGCCACUCUAGGCCCUACUUUGGUCACGGCCCCGUUUCGGAGAGUACACCCCUGUCACUGCCACUGCCGCUCCUGGCGCCGCAGCAGCAGCAACAGCAGCCCGUGCAGCAGCAUCAGCAGAAAAACUUCGACGCCAGCAUCCUAGGCAGUGGGGACUUCGGAGUGCUGCGCGGGGGAACCUUUUAUCCGGAGGAGGAGAUGCCCUACCACCCGGAGGACAACAGCGACUACAUCUACGGCGAUGCCACCAACAACGGUCACGGCCGCCCCUCCGAGGGAUUCGUGCAGAAGUACACAUAUCCGGAGGAGCAGUUCGCCAACUUCAGGGACUUCGCCGACAUAAACACACCGGCAGACUCGGCCUUUUCGCAGUACGUGGUCGUUUAUGCGGCAAAGAAUGCCACGGCCUCGAACUCGCAUCCGCAUCCGAAGAACAUUUUUGAGCAGCUGGAGCUGCUGGACCGCGAGAAGGAGCUGGAGGCCAAGACCAAGCCCAAGGCCAGCCGGAGCAAGAGCUCGUCCAAGGCAAAGGCUAAGCUGUCCAAGACCAAGCUGCAGAAGAAGUACCGGAAAAAGGAGGGACCCAAGGUCCAAGAUCCCCAGGACCUGCAGGACCCCCAGGAUCCCCUAGAGCUGGAGCCAUUACUGGCCCUUAGUUAA